CUGCGUGUGGAUUUAAAGGGUAAUCCGCAGCGUUUCCCCGACGGAAACACAAACCCGACACGUGCCGACGCUCAACCCUGAGAUGUGGACUCACCUGAUAACCGACGCACUCUAGCUUUAAGAGAAAUAUCAACUUCCAAAAAGACUUUUUAAGUAUUUAUUUAUUUUUAACAUUUUUUAAAAUUUCUUGUGAUCAUUCACCCGGGAUUUUAUACAAAUGGAUGCGCUGUGGGUCCGCUGUGUUUUCCUCCUGGCAUGUUGCUGUGCAUCAGGACUCGGCAGCGCAAACAAAUGCGACGAAGUGCGCAAAGUUUUCCAACUCAGACAAAUCGGACCAAGUCACUUAUUGCCUUCAAAUCCAAGACCAGGUUCAGACCUUCAGGUGUGUGUUUCCAAGAACUCCACAUGCUGCACCAAGAAGAUGGAGGAGAGGUACCAGGUGGCAGCCCGGAGAGACAUCCAGAACCUUCUCCAGACGUCCAGCUCCAGCCUGAAGUUUCUCAUAGCGCGCAACGUGGCCGCUUUUCAAGAGUCCUUCGAGGCCUUGUUGUGGCAAGCGGAGAAUUACACCAUCACCCUCUUCCAGGAUUUGUACCACAGCAUGGCUGAUCAGGCUGCGGGUCCCGUGCGGGAACUCUUCACUGACAUCAGCCUCUUCCUGCUGGGCUCUGAGUUCAGCGUCGAUGAGUUAGUGCAGCGCUUCUUUGACGCGCUCUUCCCUCUGGUCUACGAUCACCUCAUCAGCCCGAGCCUCAGCGGCGUAUCGCCGGGCCACGCCGAGUGCGUGAGGUCAUUAAGCCGCAGCGUCAGACCGUUCGGCGGGGUGCCCGGCCACCUGGCAGAUCAGAUCGCUCGAUCCGGGGUCUCUGGGAAGCUUCUUCUUCAGGCGCUGCACCUGGGAAUCGAAGUCAUCAAUACCACGGACCACUUACAGCUAAGCCGCGAGUGCAGACGGGCCCUGCUUAAGAUGCACUACUGCCCUCAUUGCCAGGGCUUAACCCAGUCCAAGCCCUGCAUGGGCUACUGCAUCAACGUGAUGCGAGGGUGUUUGGCGAGCAUGGCAGAGAUUGACAUCCACUGGAGGGAGUUUGUACGCUCGCUGGAGGGUCUGUCAGCAAGGAUGCAUGGACCUCAGGAUUUGGAGCAAGUGCUUCUGGGAAUUCACAGGCUCGUUCAUGAUGCUGUCAGGCAUGCUAAGGAAAAUGGACCGCGGCUCUCGGCACAGGUUUACAAACUGUGCGGCCCACCAAGCAGGAAGCCUGCUCAGUCGGUCAGCAUCCAGCACAGCAGCAGCAGAGAAUCCAUCCCUCUUAAAGCGUCUGCCAGAGCGCCAGGAGGCUCACUCGCUAACAGGAGAAAGGAUUUUCUGAGCAGUCUGCGUCUGUACCUCACUUACUACGGCGGCCUCGCUGAUCAGCUGUGUGCGAGCGACCUCGCAUCCAAUGACGCGCUGUCCUGCUGGAACGGAACAGAAAUCGUUAAAAGCUACACUCUCCGUGUGGUCGGAAACGGAAUCAAAGCUCAGAUCGCCAACCCCGAAGUCAAAGUGAAAGGAGCUGACCCCGUCAUAAAUCAGAUCAUUGACAAGCUCAAGCACAUCAAUCAGCUGCUGCAGGGAAAGUCGAUCCCUAAACUGGGCUCACUGGAUCAGAUUGAAACAGGAAGCGGCGAUGCAGAGGGGCGGUACAGCGGGGACUGUGAUGAUGAGGACGGUUGUGCCGGUUCAGGCGCUGGUGAGGUUAAGAGGAAAGUCUCCAGAGUCUCCAAAUUGAGCCCGGAUGUGACCGGUAAUCACAAACAUCAUCAUCAUUAUCACCAUCCACCUGCCAAGGAUUCAGAAGUGAAGGGCAGAUCCAGGAGCUUCAGACUGACAGGAGCCAUCUGGGUCCUGGUUUUGCCUUGUUUACAUGUGCUCCUGGCCUUGUAACAGCUGCUGCUUUGCAGCUUGAAACUUUCAGACUUGAUUUCAAGAUUAUUUAUCCAGAAAAGGGCCAGUGGAAGCUCUAAUAAAUCAUGGACCUUCACUUCCACACAGAGGAGGACAGGGCAGGAGUGAUUGUGUGGAAACUACAAGACUCAGUGUCUCCUAUAAGCAUAUGGUGGCUUUGAAAUGUAUGAAUUAUUUUUUUAUCAGUCACCUGGCAUUUAUUAACACUAACCAUGACUUAUUUAUAAAAGGUGAUGUCAAAAAACAAACGGCUACCGCAUAUGUUGUAAAGUUGGAUUUCUGUAUAUUCAGCAUAAGGUGUGUGGAAAGCAUUUAA